AUGCUGCCUCCACGGCUGCCCCUCCUCCAGCCCUGCAAGGCGUACACUGCGACAACCGUCUUCGUUAUCGAUGCUCGACAUUCCUGCACCCCGACGCCGUCGAUCCCCGCCAUUUCCAUCAUCCGUGUCACAACCGCCGCGACGACGACGGCGACCAUCACAACCCCCAUUCCCAGCACCGAACAAAACGCUUCCGACAGCCUGUCAAUCACCACCCCCAUCCUCAGCGAUGUGGACUCUCUGCCCUAA